AUGUGGGUUCUGGACAAGAUCCGCGGCUCGGUGGAGACCGGGGUGCUGCGUCAGGGGGACGGUGGAGACAAGAGAGAUGUGGCCCCGGCCUACAGCAACGUCCUCACUCCUGACAAGAUCCCAGACUUCUUCAUCCCCCCCAAACUGGUCAGCUGCCCCCCAGAGCCCGAGACCCCCCCGAUCAAGCCCAAGGAGGAGCCGCAGGCGUCUGCCCCGGAGCAAACCCUCAGCGGGAGGAAGAUCAGCAGCCCUCGGAGCCCUCGGCUCAUGACCAAGCUGGCUGGAGACACAAAGAACCUGCUGAGAGCUGCAAACCGCCACAUCAUCCAGAUAGAGAGCGCGGAUGAUGUGGUGGCCGGAGACACCAACGCAGACCCGCAGUCCCAGACAGCCAUGUCCUUGCCUUACGUCCCCAAAACGCAGACAUCCUACGGCUUCGCCACCCUGAAGGAAAGCCCCCACACCCGCCGCAAAGAGUCCCUGUUCCACUGCGAGGUCACCAGCCCCAUCACCUCCCCAAACGCGCAGAGGAAGGCUCCGGUGAAGAGCAGCGACUCGGGGAACCACCUGAACCCCGGGGACUUCAACAGCUCCCACAUGAACCCGUACCGGUACUUCAGCGGGGGGGAGAGCGACACCUGCUCCUCCGCGGAGUCCUCCCCCUUCAGCUCCCCGCUGCUCUCCCGCUCCGCGUCCCUGCUCAAGAUCUUUACGCACGAAACGCAGGCCAAAGUGGUGAAGGCCAAGCGCACGUUUGCGCGCCACAGCUCCCUGUCCACGGACGAGUGCAGCUCGGCCGAGCCCAGCCCCAACAUCCAGCGGCGGCUGCACGUCCCGUCCCUGCACGGCGGGGCCGGGGGCGGCUCGGACCCGGGCCUGCAGCACACCAUCACCCUGCACAAGGGCGGCGCGCUGCGCGUCAGCGCCAACCACGACCCCGGCACCGCCCGCCUGCUCAUCCGCGUGCUGGCGGCCGAGAGCCUGUACGACAAACACUGCGACAUGAAGAGCAUCAACUGCUGCGUGUCCGUGUACCUGAACCCCGGCAAGCUGCAGAAGCAGCGGAGCAACAUCAUCAAGAACAGCCGCAACCCGGUCUUCAACGAGGACUUCUUCUUUGACGCGUUAAGCUCGGUGCAGGUGAAGAACCUGUCCGUCAAGUUCAAGGUGGUGAACAAAGGCACCAGCCUGAAGAGGGACACGCUGCUGGGGGAGAGGGAGGUCGCUCUGACCAAGCUGCUCUCGGGACUGUGAAGACACAGACCUGGAGGUCAACGGAGGAGAACAAAUGAAACACAGAAAAUAAAAGGAAAGGAUUGGGACUGAAUCAUUAGACGGGGUUUCUACACAAACUCUUCUCUUCAACUGCCCCCAAAACAGUGAAUAUAGAAAUAGAAGCAAAGGAAAAUGGAGGAUUUCCAAUAAAUGGAUCUUAAAAUGUGAAGGAAGCUUGGCGGUCAGGGUUAUCCUUCCCCAAGUCGUCAGUACACUGAUUCAACCAAGCCGGCUCCACAGCAACAGAUGAAUGUGACUAAUGAAAGGUUUCCAACAUAUCCACCCGCCAACUUUCUGAGCCAGACUGUGUUCAAAGGUUGGAGGACACCUGUGCAUCAAUCUGGCAUCCUCGCCUGCUCAUCAUGCAUGGCAUGAUUUUAUCAUUGAAAUGUUGUAAAAAAAAAAAAAAAAAACAACAACAAUACAAACAAAAAAUCCACAGCAGCACUGGAUUUUACAUCCGCUGCAGCCUUUGCGGGGCACAAAGAUGCUUUUGUGAAUGAGUGUGAGCUUUGAAGUGGCACUACAUCCCGAUGUGCAAAUGACCCUUUGAUCUGCUUGGGGGGGUGCGGGGGAUGGAGCAGCCACAUUUACAUGCGCAUUAAAAAUAGAAACAUAAUAUGAUUAAAUAAGGGUAAGCUGAACGGCUGUCAUGAGCUGAUUAAAUAGUCCGGAUGACAGAAAUGAUACAGCAUAAGUCAAAAAUGUAACGCUGCAAUUUGGGGAUUUUUAAAGGCACCCUGUGGAGUUUUGUUGUAAAGCGACAUAGUUUACUAAUCUACCAAUCCAUCAUCUUUGUUAUACCUUAUAAAUUGUUGCUGUGUCACCAAACAGUGAUGUUAAGAGAGCAUUUAAAGGGGACCUAUUAUGAAAAACACGUUUUUUCUUGCUUUAUAAAGUGGUCUCCCCUCAGCCUGCCAACUCAGAGAAGGAGGAAAGCAACCAGAUUCUGCAGUGUCUGUACAGCCGCCCGGAUGAG